CCAGACGACACACACUCAAAGGGGGCAUGCAAUCCCGCGUACGUGUUAUGGUGCUGCUGCCAGUACUCAACUAUUCAUUUUACACUCAGUAAAAGCCUUUUUAAAGACCAUAUACGUCAUAAAUACACUAUUUUUCCAGUUACUUUACUUUCAGACUUGAUCAGGAUGACUGCCAAUACAGAUCUCGCUGCUCAGGUGGAACAAAGAGUCAUCCAGCUAUGUGGAGAAUUCAAACAAGGAAUAACAUAUCAGAUAAUUCAGAAUGACAUGCCAACCUUGAAAUUAGCACAGAUAGUUGAUGUCAUCAAUAAACUCUUAGCAACAAGUAGACUUGAUAUGCUAAAAAAAGAUGACGAUGUCUUAGUCUUCAAACUUCGUGAUCCUGGCAGUUUGCAUAGAGUUAAAGGAGCUGAACCUGAAGAGCAGGUUGUUUAUAAAAUUAUAGAGGAAUGUGGAACCCAAGGUAUUUGGGCCAGGGAAAUACGUUCAAGAAGUAAUCUUCAUCUGAACACUGUUGAAAAAGUUUUAAGAAAGCUAGAGAGUAAGAAGUUAAUCAAAAGCUUCAACCCUGUUUCUGCCCCAAAAAAGAAGACAUACCUUCUUUAUAACUUGGAACCUGAUCGUUCCCUCACUGGUGGUGCAUGGUACUCUGACCAGCAUUUUGAUUCUGAAUUUGUUGAUAUUCUUAAUCAACAGUGCUGGAGGUUCCUUGAGCAAAGGUCAGUUCGUGCAAGACAAGUUACUGGUGGUCCAAUAGCUGUUCGCACAGCAUCAUUUGUUGCUUCAAAGGAAGUUUUGAAGCAUAUAUCUGAACUUGGAAUUACUAAGGUCCAGCUGAGUAUUGAAGACAUUGAAACAAUUUUGGAGACACUUGUGUUUGAUGGUAAAGUUGAGAGAUCAGUGGCAUCAGAAGGGGUUGAAGGUGUUAAACUUUAUCGUGCUGUCACCUCUUUUCUGCCUACCCCUUCACUCAUGUGCAUUCCAUGUGGAGUUUGUCCGUUUCAGUAUUGGAUACCAGUUCAAAUAUCCUCCAGGAAUAGAAAAAGAACACUGUCAAGGGCUUGUUGGUUACUUUCCUAUUGAAGUGGACAGAUCUCGAUUUCUUGACCCUGUUGAUAAAAGAAUGUGAUGAUGUUGGGAAUGUCACCCCAGUGAAAUGCCGAUAUAUGAAAGAAUGGGUGGAUUCACAAUGGUGAUCAUAGAGGAAUAUUGCAAUUCUAAAUGACAUUUGCCAAUAUUUUUGAGUGGGUGCUGUUGAAAUAUGGUUGGUAAAUCAUAUUGGAAUAUGUAAAAAGACCUAGUUCAGGUAAUGCUGAAAAGUACCUGAUUGAUACCGAGAAAAGGAAAUAAAAUGGCUAAUCGU